CAUCUUUUAGAUCUCAGAUUGAUAAUUCGUCUAUCUUUCAAGUCCCAAAUUGAUAAAUUUCCAAUUAUAACCUUUGUAUGUGCUAAACAAUUUACAAAUGUAUUUAACAAGUUUCUUGGUGCUCAAUGAUUUCCUUAAUUACUGUCAGAGUUGGGUGUUUCAAACUCACACAUUCGGUCCCAAGAGUAUUGGACCGUGAAAUAUACAUAUACUCCCUCCGUCCCGUUGGAAUGUUCCAAUAGAAAACCAUAAUCAUUUUUAUAAGGAACUAUCAUUAAUAUAUAACAUUUUGUGCAUUCAAAUCAAACAAUUCAAAGUAAAACAACACCACGUACAUUUUAAUCUCUGAGUAUAUAUAUAUAUAGGGGAGACUACUCCAUUGUUUAUCACCAGUCACAUUUACUUAUCCAAAACAACACUAUGGAGAUGUAUCCUUCUUGGGUCAUAAACAUAACGUUCGGAUAUCAACUCUAUAUGUUGAUAUUCUCACUUCUCUUCCUAACUAUUUCAUCAGAAUCUUAUAUCCAAAACCAUCACCCAAAUCCAAUGCAUAGUAGUUUCCGUCAUCUCAUUCCCCACCCCUAUUGGCUAAUCAAGGAGGGGGCGAGCCGAGAUGAUGUGAAGAGGGAAGCUCCAUCCGGUCCGAACAAAAUGGAACCACCACUCCAACCAUUGCCUCCAGCCGAUAUGAAAAGAAUGGUGCCCAACGGCCCAAACCCGAUGGAACCUCCCCUAUCAUCAUUGAUUUCAAGAGACGAGAAAAGAUUAGUGCCCAACGGCUCAAACCCGGUUGAACCUCCCCUAUCAUCAUUGAUUUCAAGAGACGAGAAAAGAUCAGUGCCUAACGAGAAAAGAAUGGUACUUUCAGGACCAAAUCCAAUGGAAUCCCCCGAUCCAUCAAUUACAGUAUAAGAUACAUCUACUACUACAAUCUCUCAAUUAAUACAGAUAUUGCCUCUUUAUAUGCUCUAGUUGAACUGUUUCUAUCACACACUACACUAGCCAACAGUGAAAUAAUGAUGUAAUAGAAAGUCUAAAUUUCUAUUCAAUGAAAUUACCAUUUCUUAUAAAACUGACAAUUUAGUAGUGUAAAUGACAAAUAAAAGACUGAUACAACGAAAUUCCUGUGCCUCUAUUAUUAACUUCAACAAACUGAAUAAAACCAAACAACCUUAGAUUCCCAACAUCUCCCCUCCGGGAGGGGUCAGAAUACAUCAACCAUAUUUUAGUUCAUCUCUGACUUUCCACCAAUGACAAACCUAGGUGUCUGUCAUUAGUUUAAUCUACACAAGAUAUAUAUUAAAAUUAAUUUAACUUGUCAUUAGUUCUACUUAUAAUACUCACAAAUUUAUAAAAAGUUGACAUGUAAAGUUUGGAGUGAAAUAAUGCAAGCGAUAUACGUCUUCUCUAGAUGGAGAUUUUCCGAUAUCUAAAGAGAGUUUUUGAAAAAUAGCAUAAGUUACAUGGAUGACUUUUUUUGUUUACAAAAAUCUAAAACACAUCUUUUAAAUUUAUUUUCCAUCAUUUUCAAUGGAGCCAAAGAUUCACUAUUUUUUGGCUUGAGAAUAUGAUGGAAUAAAGCAAAAUGGCUCACUAAACUGUCUGUGCUUCUUUAUUGUGAAGCAACAGUCAGUCCAUGUAUUUUUCGAUAUGAUUUUCACUAUGGGUCAUUCGAAAAUAAUCUCUCCGUUCUAUAGUACAGAAGUAAGAAUGCGUACAUCCGACCCCCUUAACCACCGUAGGUGGGAGCCUUUUCGGCACUGGGGUGAUGAUGAUGACAUCUUUUAAAUUUACAAGGUUUAAAACAUAUUCAAGCCUAGAUUUAAUAGGUUGUCCAAAGGGUGAAAGGGUCCAUUACAAAUUAUGUUACAAAGGGUGAAAAGCUCAAUAACAAAUGACAAUUUGUUGUUGUAGUAUUGACUUUUGUGUUUGGUUUCGCAUUUUGUUUAGUUUGUGUCUAUAACGUAC